AAAAUAACCAAGCCAAUUAAAGGUUUAAUCCCUGAACAUGAAAACAUCUACACCAUACCCAAUAUUUUAACAUUCACAAGACUGGUAACAGCUCCAAUAAUAGGAUUUCUGAUUGUCAAGCAACAAGUUGUAUAUGCUUUAGCAUUAUUUACCUAUUCCUGCAUCACCGAUUUCAUUGACGGGUACAUUGCUAGACGGUUCAAGAUGCAUUCAGUUGUCGGAUCAAUAAUAGAUCCAAUGGCUGAUAAGUUUCUAAUGGUUACAUGUACUGCUUGUUUAGCUCAUGCUGGUCAAAUUCCACUAUACUUGGCAGUUGUGAUUUUAGGAAGAGAUGUAUUGUUAGCUAUUUCUGCCAUUUAUUAUAGAUACAUUUCAUUACCACCUCCAAAGACGUUUCUCAGAUAUUGGGAUUUUAGUAUACCAUCAGCAGAAGUUCAUCCAACCACUAUUUCCAAGUACAACACUGGAUUUCAAAUGUUAUACAUAGGUGCUGCCGUUGUUAAACCUGUAUUAUUGUCAGUUAUUGAUCCAUCAUAUAUAGAAUUGCUAGAAUAUUGCUUCUCUGGAUUUGGUUAUUUUGUUGGUACAACUACAGUUCUUAGUGGAUUAUCUUAUGUUUUCUCCAAAGAUGCCGUCAAGAUCCUCAACCAGCCU